AUGCUGAUUCCCGGCGUCCUGCUCCUUUUAUUGAUGCCGCUGUCGGCAACGGCAACGGCACAGCUCUGCGGCAGCGGCAGCAACUACACCACCAACAGCACCUACCAGUCGAACCUCGCCGCCCUUGCCGCCAGCCUCCCCACCAACGCCUCCUCCUCCCGUCAGCAAUUUGCCGCCGCCACCGUUGGCCAAGCACCCGAUGCGGUGCACGCGCUCGCGCUCUGCCGCGGCGACUUCGCCAACGACACGGCAUGUGCGGACUGUGUUGCCGCCUCAUUCCAGCACGCACAGCAGACAUGCCCCAACGACGAGGCCGCCACCGUCUACUACGACUAUGACGACGUAAACGGCCGGAAGCCGGGCUGCGUUCUGGGCUUCUCUGGCGACGGGGACUUCCUCAGCCCAGCAGCCGGUCUCACCAAGAACGGCACACUGUUCCAGGCUUGGAAUCCAGUGAACAUCUCCGCGGACGCCACCAUCACUGCCGCAGACGUCCACAACCUGCUGACUGUGACAGCUCAGGACGCGUCCGCAGAUACAGCGAGGCGGUACGCCACAGCGGUCAUGGACGCCGUGCCGACGCUCUACAGCCUGGCACAGUGCACGCCGGACCUAUCCGCCGGAGACUGCCUGACAUGUCUCCAGAGGCUCAUCGGCAUGGUCAACGCCACCAUGUCCGUGCGCCAGGGAGGCCGGAUCUUCAUGCUGCGAUGCAACAUCAGGUUCGAAAAGUUUAUGUUCUUCGACCAACCCAUGCGGCGGAUCAGUCCAUUGUCCAUUGCUCCGGCGCCUCCCACGGGGAAGAGUAUGUACAUAUUAAUAUGUUUCUGUACAGCAAUAGUACUAGAAAAGCAUACUUACAAGUUGCGAGGUGGUAGUCAUGAACUAGUCUGGGAUAUGGAGGCAGGAUUAUCUGGGUUUUUGGUUUUCGAGUUUCAUGAGAUACAGGAAGCUACAAGUAACUUCUCUGAAGCAAAUAAACUUGGAGAAGGUGGAUUUGGACCUGUAUAUAAGGGCCACUUUCUUAAUGGAAUGGAGAUAGCAGUUAAGCGACUUGCAUCACAUUCAGGUCAAGGUAUCAUGGAGUUCAAAAAUGAAGUAGAACUCAUAGCCAAACUUCAACACAGGAAUUUGGUUAGACUCUUGGGAUGUUGCUCCCAAGGAGUGGAAAAAAUAUUGGUGUAUGAAUACUUGCCAAACAAAAGCUUGGACUUCUUCAUAUUUGAUGAAUACAGAAAAUCUCUAAUGGACUGGAACAAACGCCUUGUAAUAAUAGAAGGAAUAGCAGAAGGACUUGUUUAUCUUCAUAGACAUUCUCGUUUGCGUGUCAUACAUCGAGAUCUAAAACCAAGCAACAUUCUCUUGGACAAUGAGAUGAAUCCCAAAAUUUCAGAUUUUGGACUGGCAAAAAUAUUUAGCUCAAAUAAUACAGACGAGGACACUACAAGGACAGUGGUUGGUACAUAUGGUUACAUGGCACCGGAGUAUGCUUCUGAGGGUCUAUUCUCAAUCAAAUCUGAUGUAUUCAGCUUUGGUGUUUUAAUUCUCGAAAUCCUUAGCGGGAAAAGGAAUUCUGGUACCCGUCAUUGUGGAGCGUUCAUCAAUCUCCUCGGAUAUGCUUGGCAGUCAUGGCAAGACGGGAGAUGGAAAAAUAUUGUUGAUGCGUCAUUGCUUCCCAAGGGUGAACCAACAGAAAUGAUGAGGUCCAUUAAUAUCGCACUACUGUGUGUACAAGAGAAUGCAGUUGAUCGACCGAACAUGUUAGAUGUCACUGCAAUGCUAAGCAGCAAGAGUAUGAUACUGCAUGUGCCUAAACAGCCAGCGUAUUUCAAUCUAAGGGUAGGCAAUGAAGAGGAUUCAUCCACUACCGACUCUUGUAGUGUUAAUAGUGUGACCAUAUCUGUCGCGACUGCUAGAUAG